AUGGUGUACAUACGGCAGGACAAGCUGCCGAAGCUCAACGAGUACAAGUACUCGGGAGUGGACCAUUCGCUGGUCUCGCGGUACAUCCUGAAGCCUUUCUACACCCACGUGGUCAUCAAGUGUUUUCCCAUGUGGAUGGCGCCUAACCUGAUCACUUUGACUGGCUUCGGGUUCGUGGUCAUGAACUUCUUGACCAUGCUGUGGUACUCUCCAACGCUGGACCAGGACUGCCCGCCAUGGGUGUACUACAGCUGGGCCGUCGGUCUGUUCCUCUACCAGACCUUUGACGCCGUCGACGGUUCCCAGGCCCGCCGCACUCGCCAGAGCGGGCCGCUCGGUGAGCUCUUCGAUCACGGCGUCGACGCUGUCAACACUUCUCUCGAGGUCCUGAUUUUCUCCGCUGCCAUGAACCUCGGCCAGGGCUGGAAGACGGUCAUGACGCUCUUCGCCAGCCUGCUCACCUUCUACGUGCAGACAUGGGAGGAGUACCACACGCACACCCUCACUCUCGGCCUCGUCUCCGGGCCCGUCGAGGGCAUCCUCACCCUGUGCGUCAUCUACACCCUGACCGGCUACCUUGGUGGCGGCAGCUUCUGGGGCCGCAGCCUGCUCGCAUCCGUCGGCGUGGCCAAGCCCGCCUGGCUGCCGGAGAUUCUCUACAACAUGGCGUGGACGGAGUGGUACAUGGUGUACGGCGGCAUCAUCCUCGUCUUCAACUUGGUCACGGCCUCGCAGAACGUCAUCGCCGCCCGCCGCGCGCGCGGCCAGCGCUCGCGCAUCGCCCUGCUGGGCCUGAUCCCCUUCUUCACCGCCUGGGCUCUUAUCCCCACGUACCUGUACCUGCAGCCCGUCAUCCUGAACGCCCAUCUCGUGCCCUUCAUCUUCUACGUCGGCCUCAUCAACGCCUUCUCCGUCGGCCGCAUGAUCACCGCCCACCUGUGCAAGUCGGCCUUCCCCCGCACCAACAUCCUCACCCUGCCAUUGGUCUUCGCCGUCAUUGACAGCAUCGGCCCGGUGCUUCGCGAGCGUCUGGCGCACGCGCACAUCGAUGGCAUCGACCUCAGCGGCCUGCGCAACAUCGGCUGGCCGAGCGCGCUGGGUGACGGCGUUUACCAGGUUGCGUUCGUGUUCCUGUGCUUGGGCUUGGCGGUGGGUGUGUACGGCAGCUUCGUCGUUGACGUCAUUUGGACCAUCUGCGAUUACUUGGACAUCUGGUGCUUGACGAUCAAGCACCCGUACACGGAGGAGACGGAGGGUAAGAAGAAGAACUAG